AUGACGUGGUACUCUCUACUUCCUCCAGGACUGACAGCAUUUGAAUCGUCGCUAGUUCGAGUAUUCAUCAUCCUAGGAACGAUCAUCAUCGCCCCUUGGGCAUUCCUGAUCCUUUAUGAUCUUCUGCUUUACAUCUGGCGCGCGUUCACCUAUGAGAUCCCUGUCAUCGGAGGCCGCGCGAGGGGUCGACAGAGACCCCAAGCCCCCAGCUUCAGCGAAAGGCCAGACGGAAGGAGGAGGACGUUCAGUUUGACGAGAUCGCUGUAUGAUGGUGAUGAGGGACAAGGACACCGAGGCGUUAAUGAUACGGAUUGUCCGCCCGAGUUGACUGGUAAUAAUGGUUCUUAUAGUAAUAGCGAUGGGAAUGGAAAUGAGUCUGAUGCGUGUGCGGAUUUUGAGAAAUACAGGGAGGCUGGCAGUGCGGACGGGGUUAGGCAUAGGAAAGUGUAUGCGGAACCUGAUGUGAUUGGAGACCAUGCAGGAGGGUAAACGGGGAGGAAUGUACCACUCGAGGCCUGAUUCAUUUCCUGUUGCCGCUCUUUUCACUCUGCUGCUCUCUCGGUGACUACACAUACUCUCUUUCCCGCACCGCGCCGGAUGCUGCGCACCUGUUUCAAGACGACCAUUCUGUUGAAACUUCUAUCAGAAGUUGGAAAUGCUGAUUAUCAACAUCACUCAGCCAACCAGCCAGCCAGCUAGUUCCAGCUGGAAUACUAAAUUGACCAGAUUGGCCCACCAUUGAUGAGGAUUUGGAUAGCUCCGUCCUAAUUGUGAGCCGCCUCGAUGCGAAAUGCAUGAAACCGAUUUUCCUGCCGCACCUAGAUGGGGUGCGGGGCGAAGUAUCGAUUUGUUUGGCGUUGAGAUAUUACAGCAACUUGAAUCACCAUCUCAACCGGGCAUUACGCCCAGAUGCCACCAUCUAUACUUCAGAGAUGAUUAAUUGGCAUCCAUAUUAAGCUAGGUUACGUUGCCCUUGAUGCCAUACUCGCCUAUUCUCCUUUUCUUUUUACUGUCGCUACUAUGCAAACUC